AUGUCAGGAUACCCGGGCCAGUACGGAGGAUACCAAGGCGGCCCACCGCCGCAGCAGCAAUACGCGCAGGGCGGCUAUUACCCGUAUGAACUCCGAUCUUUGUUCGCGUGCCCGCUCUCAGUCACUAACAUGAAGAGCAAAAGCCCUCCACAGCAAGGAUACAAUGGAUACCCUCCCGCUGGGUCGGGCUACGGCUACCAACAGCCGUCCCCUCAACCCUAUGGUUACAACCAGCCCCCUCCUCCGCAACAAUAUGGUGGAUAUCAGCAGCCCCCGCCUCAACCGAAUUACAACAACCGUCCAGGUGUACCCACCGUGAACUCGAAUGCCUACAUGCACGGAAACCAUAACGCUCCUCCACCGCCGCCCUCACAACCGCAGAGAUUUGGACAUGGCGCGCCAAGUAACUACAACUUCCAGUACUCCAAUUGUACCGGGCGGAGAAAGGCGCUGCUGAUUGGCAUCAACUACUUCGGUCAACGCGGUCAGUUGCGUGGUUGUAUCAAUGAUGUGAAGAACAUGUCAGCAUAUCUCGUCGACCGUUUUGGUUAUAAGAGGGAGGAUAUGGUUAUCCUCACUGAUGACCAGCAAAAUCCCAUGAGCCAGCCUACGAAACAGAAUCUCCUCAGAGCCAUGCAUUGGCUCGUGAAAGACGCGAGACCCAACGACUCGCUCUUCUUCCACUACUCAGGGCAUGGUGGUCAAACAAAGGAUCUCGACGGCGAUGAGCCUGACGGAUACGAUGAAGUCAUUUACCCCGUAGACUUCCGCCAAACCGGUCAUAUUACGGAUGAUGAGAUGCACAGAAUCAUGGUUCAACCUUUGCAAGCUGGUGUGAGACUGACUGCUAUCUUCGACUCUUGUCACUCGGGUACUGCGCUCGAUCUCCCUUACAUCUACUCGACCCAGGGUAUCCUCAAGGAGCCCAAUUUGGCCAAGGAGGCCGGCCAAGGCCUUCUCGGUGCUAUUUCGUCAUACAGCCAGGGCGAUCUGGGCGGUGUCGCAAGCAACAUCAUGGGCUUCUUUAAGAAGGCAACGACCGGCGAAGAUGCCUACCAACGCACCAUGGCCACGAAGACGUCGCCUGCUGACGUGAUUAUGUUGUCAGGAAGCAAAGAUGACCAAACUUCGGCCGAUGCAACAAUCGCCUCCCAGGCUACCGGCGCCAUGUCGUGGGCCUUCAUCACGGCCAUGAAGAAGAACCCACAACAGAGCUACGUACAGCUCUUGAACAGUAUCCGUGACGAGCUCGCGAGUCGCUACACGCAGAAGCCGCAGCUCUCAUGCAGUCACCCCCUCAAUACCAACCUCUUGUUCGUCAUGUAA